AAGUAAAAAAAAAGUAGAAUUUUAAAGUGUCGUAGUUCGAACUUGACGUUUUAUGACAGAUCUCUCUUUCUCGUCUGUUACCCGCCUUUACGAAGAGCAGACUUAGAAACCGUUACUAUUUAAACCCAAUUCCAAAGCACAAUGCUUCUUACUUCCAUUGUUUCCACUUCAAGCUCUCAGAACUUUCCCGUUAACUUUCAUUUCAGCGAAACGGUGAAUUUUCUUGCGUCUCUCUUCUCAUCGCAACCGCAUCAAAACCCUAACUCCGUCGAUCGUCACUCUCAUUCGGUUGCUGAAAUUGCAAAUCCCUUCCAUCUCCACAAGCUCUACAGCAUACGGAAAAUUUUCAACCUGAAGGAAUGGCAGAACAGAAGAAGGAAUCCCCGCCUAAAGAUUCCAAGAAGAAAAAUUCAGUGCUAGAUGAUGAUUUCGGGAAGGAAUUUCUUGGCUCCUGGAAAUCCAUGUCAAUGGCAGAUGAUGAUGGCAUGGAUUUUAGCUUUGACACUGUUUCUAAAAGCAAGAAAAAGACAUUCGACUUUGACAAAAUGGACAUGAAUUUCGAUCUGGAUACCGACUUUGGCAAAAUGUCAUCAUUUAAGGUGGACAUGUCAGACCUUGAUUUUACAUCCCCACCAAAAAAGUCUUCCAAGUCUACAGAUAAAAAGGGAGAAGCUUCUAGUGCAAAAGCAGGGAAACAAGAUGGGUUUAACUUCAACUUUGAUUUUAACGAGUUAGAUAGCUUCAAUCUUGAUUCAAACAUACUAAAAGUAGAUACUAGUAAUGAUGAGAGUAACCUGAGAAAGAAAGGAAUUACUGCAGAAGGAACUGAUAGUGAAGGUGCUAAGAAGCCUAAAAUCAACAAUGAUGAUGUUGAAGGUGUUCGUGCAUCUAAUGAUAACAUCACUACGAAACUUCGAGCACCAGAGAGACUGGAAACUUUGGACACCGAGACUUCAGUUGAUAACAUAGGGAAUCUAGUUUCUAGACAGAAUGUUUCUGUUUCCAAAUUUCCUUCCUCUGAGAACCUUGACAUGGCAAUUAAGAAUCAUACUUCUGAUGUAAGUAAAAUAACAAGUAUGAAAGAAAUGGAUCAAGAAAAAGACUUAUCUGAGGAGACAAAGUCAACAGAAUCGAAAUCUGAGCAGGUUAUUGACAAGUUACCUUCCCAGUCUGUGGGUCAAAGUGAUUCAGAGCAAGACACUUUCUCAGAACAACAUAUGAAGGUUUCUUUAUCUGGAACAAGAGUAAUUAAUGUUGCAGCUGAUAAACAAGAGGUUAAUGAUAAGGCAACAUUUGUAGAUACCGAUGUUGUAGACUUACAAUUAGAGCAUUCAUCCCCACCUCUUACCACUGAAUCAGAUGGCAUUGUUAGAGAAGCAAUUAUUCUAGGUAGCAGUGCUGAAGAAGUUACUAGUGACCCUCAACCAGAAAAGAGAUAUACAAGUCACAAAAAUAUUACAAAUAUUGAUGCCUUGAAGAAGAAUUCACAUGACAAUAGCAUAAGAGAAAAUAAAAGAACAGCUUUGGAGUGUCAUGUGGCUACAGCAAUCAGUAACCCCAUAGUUGAUAAAAUAACGCUGGUGAAAGAUAAAGAACUCCAAGUUAAGAAGUCAAAUAUAUUCACCAUGCCAGAGAACAAAAGAUCUUUAAAGAAUCCUUCAUCAACAGCUGGGACAAAGAGUGUUGUCUCCUUUGACUGUAAAAAAAAUGCUGACGUACACCUGAAAUCCAUAACCCAAGAAAGGAACAGCUUCAAAUCCAAUGAGACAAAAUUUGGAACCAAAAUGGUAACCGACUCACUCCCAGGCUCUAGCAAAGUAACAAGGGAUGCACUGGCAUUGCAUGAUAGGAAAGAUGAUCUUAAAAGUUGUAAUACCAGGGAGGGCAUUGUUUUUGAUGUUACACCAAGUGCAGGCAAGUUGGCUGGAAACAUGAAAUCAUUUCAUGAAGAUGUAAAUAAAAGAAAGGCCACGUUUCUAGAAACUGGCAUGUCAGCAAAAAAUGUUAAUAUUUUGAGUUCUCAAGUUAAUCCUUGCAGCUUAGCAGAGAAGAGAGCUAACAUUACUACCCAGAUAUCUGUAAAUUCCCAACCUGAACCUUCAGGAAAGGAGUCCUUUCAGAAAUCAAAGAUAACUUCCAUAGAAGGGAAUAAACUUUCUUCUUUUAAAGCUGGCAAGAUUACAUCUGCUCUUUCUAGCUUAAAGACUUCAAGGAACAUUGGAGCUAACUCAGUGUUAGCAACAUCUUUACACCAAAAAGAUGCAAACUCGUUGGGUAGUUCUGAACAAAGAAAAGAGAUACAGGCUAUUACUGCAUCCAAGAGUGCUCAUCUGACUGACGGUGGUGACAAUAAAAAGCCUUCAACCCCGUUCUUGAAGCGGAAAAGUAUCGAGGUUUCUGAAGCAGAUGUGACAUCCUUGAGGCCCCUAAAGCGCAUAUCUCAGUCUCCAAGCAGAAAUGCUGAAUCUAAAGAAUCUUCAGAAAAAGUUGAACAGGUAGCCAGAAAGCCCAACGACUUCGCCUAUUAUCAUUCAACCUCUGGACUUGAAAGUCCAUCAGAAAUUAAAGUAACAGAAGUGGAAAUACCUGAUUCUGUGCUCAUGGAAGAUAACAGUAAUGUUGAAAAAGCUGAAGCAUAUAUGAAGGAACUUGAAAAUAUUUGUAACAUGCUGAAAAAGAGGCAUGAGGAAGCAAAAGAGUUAUUAGUGCGAGCCGUUGUCAACGAUAAUAACUUGCUGAUGCUUAAUCAUCCCAUUUACGAAGAAAAAAUUCGGAAGGUUCAGAGAUUUGCUUCUCAAUUGAUGUCUAAGGAGAUUCAAACUUGAUCAGCAUUAAAUUGUCGAAUUCAAAGGUGUUGAUGGAGUUAAAUAACAUUUUAGCUACGUAACAAAAAAAAGCUUUUCAGCCGAAGCCUAGGCAAGAAUUCCUUCUAUGUUAACCUUGAAGAAAAAAAGGUUUCGCAAUUGAUUCUUCAUGUCUUUAAAGAUUCCGGUGUCAGACAUUUGAUCUCUAUAGCACAAUGAGUAACCAAAUUAAAAGAAAAAUAACACUAAAGUCAAUCCAAUUACUGGAAAGGAAAUAAGGUUCUCAUAAUUUCUCUGUUUAAACAAGUUGCUACAAUUUGUUGAUUAUGAAAUGAUUUGAUAUAGAAAUUUUCAUAACUACAAAGUCCCGAGAAACAGAGCGAGGUUCCUGUUCGGUUAUUCCUAUAUCCAUCAUAUUUCACGGUCUGAAUUAUUAGUAAGUAAACUUUUGAUACUAUUAGUGUUACAACAAUUUCAAUAACGAAUCCUUCUGUUGUCCUUGUUCCUUGCUUAUGUGUCGAAUUUCCAUCCGUUCAAAAUUAGCUUUUUCUUCUAGUUCCUUUUUUAUAAUGUCUUUGUUCCUAAGUCAUAUUAUAAACUAUAUGCUGACCUACAAGGCAUGGUUUAUUAGACAAAAAUAAUUCCAUCAGAGGAGACUUGAAAAUAUAUUUUAGUCAUUUUGUAUGCUUGAAUAGUAUUUCGUGCUAUCUUUUGUUAAGCGAGUGGAAGUUAUCUUUAUAGGAAAUGAAAAGAAAGUUUGAAAAUAGCUGCCAAAACAAAAUCAGAAAAACUAUGUAAUUUUUGUUCAGGUUUUCUUGAGAACAACUUUUAGAAGUUGUGAGUACAGAGUAAACAUGAAUUAGUUUUACAAUGUAAUCUUGGAUUAAGUUCUGACUACUGUGUUCAAGCAAGCCUAUUUUACUUUAAAGGCAAACUUAUUUUAACUUAUUUUUAUUUUAAACUUAUUUUUAACUUUUUUUUUUGUUACAUAUUUUAACUUAUUUUAAACAAGCAACCUUUGGUAAAUCUGGCGUACUUAUUAAAUACCGUAUUCCAUCUUCCUUUUUUGGUUUAAAUUCUAGAAAAAGAAAGAUGAAACACCGAGUAAAAUGGAUCCAUACUAGUUUUUUUUUGACCAAGUAUGCAUACCAGUUAUCUCUACACAAACACCACUUAAAAUGCAUAAUCUGAACGAUUAAGUGAGUAAUCAUGUAUGUUAGUUAACUCCAAAAUAAGUUUGAGAAUUGGUCAUCAUAGAUGGGACUCUUCAAAGGUCAGAAGGCAACACGACUGAGAAAUGGGAUACUCGUCUCAGUCAGACUAACCUUUUUUUAAUAUUAUUUUUUCCAUAUACGACAUAGAAACACACUCAGUAGGCAACUAUUAGCACUAGGGAGGAGAAUGAUGUGGUUGAGGAUCGAAUACAAACAAUUUUGGCUUUACAUAUAAAUCCAAGAUGUAUCUUUUUAACAUAUGUCCAAACACAGAUUCGUAUAUUUAACAUAUAUUAAGGACGAUGAAAGCUUUUAGCCUUUUGGAUAUUAGUUGGAAGUGCUCAUUAAGAUACAAAAACAAAUUGCGCGGCAUACUCAGAUAAUUGUUUUGAUGUCCUUGGACUUCCACUUGGAUUACUAUAAAAAAAAAUUAUGACUAACCAUGUUGCUUAUAUAUACGUUUCCUUCCUUGCUUUAAUAUAGCAAAGUGUCUAGCUAGCAGUCUUCGAAAUCUUAAGGUGGAAAAUUACAAUGGCAAGACUAAGUUUCUGUCUCUGUACUUUGCUCCUGUUGCUUUCAUUCUCUGUGUCCGAGACUCGGCCACUGAGGAAUCGUGAUCCAUUUUCUUUUCAUUUCCCAGCUAGCUCUGGUCAUUUCAUUGGUACUGUCAAGCACUACCUUUAUUCAGGAUCUAAAGACAGAAGCCUCGCAAAGAUAGGUAAAGUAUUGAACACAAGUGCUAAGGUCUCUUUCAGCAUUAGCUUUAGAAAGAGCAAUGCGACAAGAAACCAGUACUAUAAACCCCUUCGAGUGAGUCCAGGAGGCCCAGAUGGGCACCAUCAUUUCAAAGUAACUGCUACCGGAGGACAUGAGAGGAGAUAGAUCAAAUAGCAUGGUUUAAAAUGAAGAGUCGCUUCGUAAAAUCAUCUUAUGAUUAUUAAGACACAAGCAAAAUUAUCAACAAAAAGUCUUCGUUUAGCACUGAAGAGUGGCAUUGAUGGCACCCUUAAGGUUGAAGGAAUAUUUUGUCAGAACUUUUAAGUUUGUAAUGAAUCUUUUAAUCCCAAUAAAUAAGAGAUAUUUUGCCUUUGCUAA